AUGGCGCGCUGGCUGUCCCUGUUCUCCGAGUACAACUUUAUCGUCCAUUACAAACCGGGCAAGACAAACAUCGCGAUAACGCGUCGGCCAGACUACGUGCAGUCAGGUCGCCACGCGAUUGGCGACGAGUGUGCUGUGUGUGUCGCCAAAGCAGUAGCUGCGAUCGAGGUUGCCGCGACCAGUCCACUGCGCGACCUGAUCCCGGCUGCGUACGGCUCGGAUGCAGAGUGCGUCGAGAUGUUGAAGUACCUGCGGGACCCGUCGAACACGGCGCGGCGCCGACUGUGUUUGCGUAGCCGCGCCCGUGUCGAUCGCUAG